AUGGUUGGUCGAAUGCUUCAGGACUUCACCAUCCUGUUUGAAGCCUCCAGGACCUUCACCAAGCCUGGGCACAUUGCCAUUGAUGACAUAGAUUUCACCAACUGCACCCUGCCUAAGCCCCAGCCCCUGUGUCCAGAGAAUAUGUUUACGUGCAACAACAGUGUAUGUGUGGAACACAACAGAGUGUGUGACUUCAGCGAUGACUGUGGGGACUGUGUUACCAUUUCCCUCUUACCUGAUGAUAAUAAUAACAAUGUAGAGUUACAAGGUGUUGUGGAGCGCUGCAGCUUUGAACAAGGCCUGUGUUCCUGGGCGGAAAGUGACGUGGACACACAUGGAGCUGAGUGGACACAUCAUAAAGGACAGGAAGCCUGGCCCAAUCAUGGCCCUCCCAGGGAUCACACCCAAAACUCUGAUGCAGGUCACUAUGUGAUACCAGGGACUCACCUAACUGAGAAGGGCCAGACAUCAGAGAUGCUCUCCAAAACUUUACUACCCAGCUCCAACUGCACUGUAAAAUUCUUCUUCUUCAGCCUGGAUGAUGCGGCAGCCAGACUGACAGCCCAGUCCAGGACACUACGGUCUGGUACUGAUGACUCUGUGUUAUGGCUCAGUGAAAACUCACAGAGUUACAGCUGGCGGAGGGCAGAGGUCACAUUCUCCUCCUCAGACAAUAGCAAGAUUGUCUUCAGAUAUGAGCAAGGUGAAGGUCACAGAGGGCUGGUUGCACUGGACGACAUCUCUUUCUCCAGGGAGUGUGUAUUUGACCCUGACAACAACAAACUGCCUGAGACAUCACCCACCUCUGUCCCACCUACAUCUUCAAACACACCCACGUCUCCAGCUACACCCUCAACCUCGACUGCACCAACCCACCCUUGUCCGGAUAAUGAGUUUUUCUGUUGGCGGUCAUCUGGAGAAGUGUGUAUCCCAACAACUUUACAAUGUGAUUAUCAUCCAGACUGCCCCCAAGGAGAGGACGAGGAUGGCUGUGGUCCGUGCACAUUUGAGAGUAACCAGUGCCAAUGGGCUGACACCAGUCAUGGACAGAGCAGUUGGCAGAGACAGAAAGCCGGUAGCGAUAGCGAGCCGUCUACUGAUCACACUACAGGCACAGGCCACUACAUGAGAGUGAAUUUCAGCCAGGGGUCCACACAGGUUGAGGCCAGACUCCAGAGUCCCCCACUCCCCCCUUCGUCCCUCUACUGCCAGAUUCUGUUUCACUUCCACAUCAGUGCAGAGAGUGCUGGGUCACUCAGAGUGCUUAUGCAGCAGGCUGAAGGGAGUGAAGCAAUCCUGUGGUCACGCAGUCACAACACUGUCUCCCAUUGGACCCAAGAGCAUCUGCCUCUAGGCCUGCACCAGCAGCAUUAUAAGGUUUGGUUCAGCAGCAUGAAUCAAGUCAAUCAGACUGCUGGAGAUCACAUUGUUGCUGUGGAUGAUAUCUCUUUUCUGAACUGUGAAAAAUCCUACCAACCACCUGCUCUGUCUUCCUGUAGCUGUUCUUUUGAAGAAGGUCUGUGUGUUUGGGUGAAGGGGGCUGAAGAUGAGUUGUACUGGCUCAGCAGGUCUGGUCCCACUGAAACCCCCAACACCGGGCCUGCAGGAGACCACACUACCAGCAAAGGGAAGUACCUUUACAUCAAGAGUUCCCCACCAAGUGUAAAAGGAAACAAGGCCCAACUGAAGUCUCCGCUGCUGCCACCUGCUGACAAAAAUGGAUACUGUGUCACAUUUUGGCACCACAUGUUCGGAGCUACGGUGGGCUCCUUGAGGAUGCUUCUGCAAACAUCAGAUCCGUUGAAAAAAAUAAUGGUGUGGCAAAAAUCAGGAAACCAAGGGGAUGAGUGGCAGCUGGUGCGGAUCCACGUGACCUUGCAGAAAGUCCACCAAGUGAUUCUCGAGGCUACAGUUGGAGGAGAGGCGGGAGACAUAGCCAUCGAUGACAUCUCCCUCAUCAGUGGACCGUGUCAUACCUCUGAUAUGUGUGACUUUGAGGAGGGUAGCUGUGACUGGAAGCAGCACACCACAGAUGACUUCGACUGGGUCAGACAGUCGGGCUCCACCCUCAACCCCAACACUGGGCCAGACAGUGACCACACCACCAACACACCCACGGGCCAUUACUACUUCCUGUCCUCCUCUGCUGCUGACCGUGCAGGCCAGACAGCUGAAAUGUCUUCACCGCUGUACCCUGCAGGCAGAGGAGCUUGUGUGCAGCUGUGGUACCACAUGUACGGCAGAGGAAUGGGGAUGCUGAACGUUUACCAGCAGAGUGAAGAAGGGAAGCAAACUCUGAUUUUCUCUCAGGCAGGAGACCAGGGCCAGCUGUGGAGGUUUGCUCAGGCUUCACUUCUGCCUUGGACUCAGCCUUACAGGAUCGUGGUGGAAGGUGUGAAGGCUGGGCCCACAGAGGAGGGAGACAUGGCUUUUGAUGAUGUUCAGCUGACAGACGCUCAGUGUCCUCCUCCUGGACAUUGUGAUUUUGAGAUUAACAUGUGCAGCUGGAGCAACCUGGGAGGAGAAGUUGACCAGGAGGACUGGCUUCGUGGGAGAGCAGUCUCCCCAAAUCCCAACACUGGACCCAGUGUUGAUCACACCACCAACUCAACACAUGGUUACUAUCUGUAUGUGGACAGCUCUGUGGGUGAGUGGGGAGACACAUCCUUCCUGAUCAGUGAUGUCUUCCAGCCGUCCACCAGAGGUCACUGUCUGACAUUCUGGUACCACAUGUAUGGCGACCACGUUGGGACUCUGAGGGUUUACAUAAAUGACAGAAAAAUGCAUUCUGGUGGUUAUGAAGAAGGGACUCUGAAGUGGAUUGAGUCGGGAAACAAGGGAGACAAGUGGCAGGAGGCCAGAGUGCCUAUUAAACAUAAAGAAGCAUUCUGGUUUGUGUUUGUGUAUCAGAGGGGGAUGAAUACAGGUGGGGACGUUGCUCUGGAUGAUAUCGCCGUCCUCCCUGGCAGCUGCUACUCAGAGCCACCCAUUGACCCUCCUGGUGAUAAUAAUGACAUGUCCGUAGGUCUGGCUGUCGGUCUGACUCUGCUGGCUGGAGUCAUCAUCUCCAUCUUCCUCUUUGUGCUGAACAUGAAGCGUAGUACAAUGAAUCAGCCGACAAUUUUCAGUAAAGACACAAUUAACCAGGACUCUGCGCUCGACCUCUUUGACUGCAAAAUAGAUGGAACACAACAAGGAACUGAGUCUGAAUUUUCCUUCUUCAACAAUAUGUAUGAUCCAUCGCCACAUGCAACUGAUAGCACCGUGUCUUCAUCCGAUGCUUGAUGAACUACAGUGAAAUAAAUAAACGAUAACCAGUUUGUAAAUGAUGCCUGUGUUCUUAGAGAUAUUUGUUGUCCAUUAAAAACUGUUAUUUAGAAAAUGAAAUAUUGAUGUUAGUGUGGCAGUUUGAAAAUGGAUCAAAGUCGUGAGCCUUUAGUUGUAAUAAUGACGACUGGAUUAAUAAUUAUUUCUUACCUGGAAAUACUGACAGGCAGAGCAACAAACCCUGCUGAACUUUGAAAGUGUAAAAGCCAUUUUUAUGAAAUGUAAUUUAACAAACACCCUUUUGUAACUUGUUUUUUGUUGCUGUUGACCCGGCAGAACCAGUUCUCCUGUUGAACUAAACCUAAAUAGUUAUUUUAAGAAGCUGUAUAUUGUAUACUGUCUGCUGAGCAUAGAGAGCUGAAAUUACAACUCUGUUUGUUUACCAUGUGUAUAUUUACAGGUUUAGUGAUAAAAAUUAUUUAAUUUGUUCACAGAAAAUUAGAUUAUCACUGAAAUACAAACAUGUAAAGAUGUGCAGAUAAAGCUUCAAAUCCUCAAUUAUUUUUCAUUAUUGAAUUAUUCUUUCUCCCGUCACAAGGGAAGUAUGUAUAAAACUUAUUAAAAAAAUGUCUAAUUAUAAUACAGUGCUGGUUAGUUUAAACUAUAGCAUGUAUUGUAUUUUAUGAUCUUCAUAGCUCCAAGCGUCAUGUUUCUUAAAAUAAAAGUCUAAUCUUAAUUUGUAGAGGGACGAGGAAUUGAGGCUGAAAAACAAUUGUAGUGGAGUACAAAUAUAGUAUUAUAUAUAGUUAGUGUAAUGAAAAGGUAAUACUGAAGUAAAGUAUGUGACCUCAGAUGUGAACAGUGCUUCUGGUUUGAUAAUGCUUAUGAAGGGAUGUAUAUCUUCAACCUUCUCAUAGACCAAACACUGCAGACUUGUUUUUCUAACUCGCAUAAUGUAAAUAGAAAGAUUUUCGUACUCUUUCAGGGGGAAUCAGUUGUGAUGUAAAUUACUAGUUGAAA